AUGGGAGCCAAUAACAGCACCCGUCGAGUUUCUUUUGAGUCUGAUCAGAAUGACAACAUAACAGUGGUGAAGGGCAUACGGCUUUCUGAGAGCGUCAUCAACCGGAUGCGAGAACCUGUUCCGCCUUCUCCACCAACUCAAGCCUCUGCACCCACCCCAGCCCCAACCCCAACCCCAGUCCCAACUCCAGCCACAACUCCAGCCCUAGCCCCAGUGCCUGUCCUCCCCCCACCCCUUCUCUAUCCAUUACCUCCUCCCUUUGAUCCCGUUACUUCUUUACCCCCUCCCCCAAAGGCUGAUGUUCCACCACCCCCUCCUCCUAAUGUGGAACCUGCUGAGCUUGCUGCUGCUUUGACUCCACCCAGACCGUCCAUUGAGGCCACUCCUCCACCUCAACAGGUCACAGCGCCAACUUUUAUAGAUGUGGUGCUUCCGAUAACGACUCCGGCCUCUGCUAAAGCUGAUACCGCUCCUGUUUCCGAGCCUAAAAUCAUUCGUCCUCCUCCACUCACUCCUCCUAAUGCUGCUCUGGAGCAUCCUCAUAUUGCUCCUGUGGAACCUACUCCUAUCGUUGCUUUGGAACCUCCUCCUGUUCCCGCCCCUCUUACACCUGAACCCACCCCUCCUGCCUCUAUACUCAAGUCGGUGGUUUCGCCUCUGCCUGCAAAGUCUGAGCUAAGCCCGGCUCCUGUCACAGAGCCUGAGCUUUCUUCUGCGGACCCUUUACCCCUGUUGCCUGCUGUUGAGCCAGUUACAGCUCCUCCUUCAGUCGAAGCUGUCGCACCUCCUCCUCAAACUCCUGGAGCUCCCGUUGCUCCUGUUCCUGUUCUUAAGAAAGAGACCGUCGCCGUCACGCCUCCUCCAAUGUCAACAGUGGACAAAGAGGCCUUGAAGAAGAAGAUCACAGAGGAGCUGAGUAAAGAACUGGAGCUGGACAGAGCCAAGGCAGAACAAGAGCUGCAAGCCUGGUUGGAGUCUGAAAAGGCCCGCGCUUCAGCAGAUGCUCAGGCUACGGCUCAGUCCCAGGUGAAGAGUGAAGUGUCCAGGAUCCUGUCUGCGGAAAGCGCAGCCGCCCAAGACAACCUCCAACAGUCCAUCGUCCGAGAGAGAAUCGCCACAGAAGAUGAGAAACGCAGGGCACAGCUCUAUUAUGACCUGCCCUUGCAGACAAUCCCUCUUCAGCACACAGCCACAGACUGA